CGUCCGAGGGGAAGAAGGCAGGCUGGUGCAGGGGAUCCGGUUACUUCUGAGGGGUAGAAAACUUUAAAUUAACAAUAUGUUCAGCACCAAUCUGGGGACACUCACUAGGCUUCAGUGUGUAGCUGGUUGUGUAUUUUCUUUGUUCAUCCAAAGGGGCUCACAUAGCUUGCAGCUACGAAACCUCAUGACCUCUGCUGGGUCGGACCAGCUGCUCAUCCCUCUGGAAGACAAAAUAGUCCUUUUUAACAAACCCCCAACCUAAGUCCAGCCUUCACCAUUUUCAAUGAAUACGUUUGUACCAUCCCAACACUUUUGGGGGUAUAAGAACCACCAUUUCUUGCUGGAGUCAGACUAGUCCAGACACCCCUCCUUGCUUCUAACCAUCAUGUCUUUGAUCAAAGCUGCAAAGAAAAAAGAAACUCUAGCCGAUGUUCACCACGAUCAAACAGACAACUUCUAUGACGACUUCGUCGACUUGAGUCCACCAGAAUUUGAAUUCCUGGAGGGUGAAGAGACCCAGACUCCUGCAGCUCCGACGUAUCCCGCCAUUUUCAACGAAUCAUUAAUCUCCCCUUCAACCUGUGCGGGUCAAAACACGAGUAAGAUGUCCCUCAGAGAAACCUUUCAACCGACUCAGCCAAAUUCUUCAGUGGAGACCUCCAUCAGGGGGAAAGCCGCCAGUCAAACCACGAUGCUCCAGCAGCAGCUGCUGUUGCGGCGGCUGUUGCGGCGGCGGCAGCAGUGGCGGUGGGUGCUGCAGAAACGGCAACAGCAGUGGCGGAUUUCCACACAAACAACCCCUGCAGGAGCCGCCUCGGCCUCAGACCUGGAGCCCCACAGGUCUGGCUACGGAGAGGAGACUCGAGACCGUCGAACUCCAGAAUCCUGAAUUCAAGAAAACACAUCAAGACCCUCCCCCCUUCCCCGCCGAAGACCGAGACAUUGAAAGAGUUUCUCAGGAUCAGCUGAACAUGGAUUUGGUCCAGCAAAAGUUUUACCUGACCAGACAGCUGCUCAGAUUUGGGAUGAUGGUUGCUGAAAUUUUGCAAGAAAUGUGAAGCUUGUUGUUGUUGUUGUUGUUUUACCGUCAUAAACUGUUUGAAAAAACUAUCCUGAGCUCUUUUCUUUAAAUAAGGAUCAGCAUAAAGUGAAC